AUGAGCAACGCUGAACAGCAACAACUGCAGCAGUACAAUAUGGCCGACACGGAUACCGCAGAUGCGGCAAAUGGACGUUUAAUGGAUAGUGGUGAGAUUAGCAAUACCGUGUCCAACGUGGAGGCAGCGACGGGGUCUGAUGUAAUGUGCCGCAGUACCAAAACCAGUAGCAAUGCCAAUUCGUUCCGUAUCGAGGCACUGCUGGCCAGCAAAGAGCAUGAAAACAAUAGUGGCGCAGGUGUCGAACACUCGCCGACUCGUGUCAAACCGAACAAUGGGGAUCUGAUCGGUGAUGGGUUUAAUGCGAGUGAAGAUCGUCAUUCAAGGUCUGAAUCCACCUUCUCAUCUGACUCAUGCUCAUCGAUCAACCCGGGCAGUGUGGAACCGCAGGACAUAGACGACUGUGCGAUGAAUCAAAUCGCAAAAUCAGCCUCUCCCAACCAGCACGACUAUCUGCCGUUCUACAAUCUCUGCCCGUCGCAGGUGAUCUUCACCUCGAACGCAUCCACCUUCGACACCCAUCCGGCGGUGUGCAACAAAAGCAUACCGGUUGACGCUGGGAAUCGGUUCCAUUUCAUGCAGCUACCUCAGCUAGAGCUUCUAAGGCACCACAACAUCUACUAUCCACGAAUCACGGAGCUUACAGGACAAAAUUCAGUAUACGGCAAAGCGCGACGGCCACGGACGGCUUUCACCUCCCAGCAGCUGCUCGAGCUGGAAAAGCAGUUUAAAGUCAGCAAAUAUUUGUCCCGACCGAAGCGGUACGAGGUGGCGAACAAUUUGCUGCUGUCCGAAACACAGGUUAAAAUUUGGUUUCAAAAUCGCCGCAUGAAGUGGAAACGAUCCCGGAAGGUGAACGAAUCGAAAAAGUAUAACAGCAGCACCGGCAGUGGUACCAACCAAAGCACCACCGCCAACGGUAGCAGUAACAGCAGCAGUAAUAGUAGCACCAGCAGUAACAGCAACAUCAGUAACCAUAGCAACGGUACGCUUGGGUCGAGUAACGUUACCACCGGCAGUGGGGCACAAAAUGGUGCCAGUAACGCGAGCGGUUCGUUGUUGCUUGGCAGUGGCAAUAAAACAUCCACCGACCAUCACGACGGUCGGCCGUGCAAUCGUACCGCCGGCGAGCCGGGACGGGGCGAUAACUGCCCGAGUGGCAUGGUGAGUAAAUUGUCCUGCAUCCUGGAUCAUCCGAAGGAUAAGCGUGACAGCAAUGGGACGGCCGGUAGCAAACAGCACGCGACGGCCCUCUUCGUCAAUCAGCAGCAGUUUCAGGCGGUCGGUGCUGGCAGUGCGACGACCAGUCCGAACGAACUGGUCGGCGUCGGGGCAGCGUUGUUUGCAUGUGAUCCACCGAAUGGUUUAAGUUUUCGGCCUUAUGUAACGUAA